AUGGCUGAAGGUGUUUUCCAAGGUGCUAUCGGUAUCGAUUUAGGUACCACUUACUCUUGUGUUGCUACUUAUGAAUCUUCUGUUGAAAUUAUUGCCAACGAACAAGGUAACAGAGUUACCCCAUCUUUCGUUGCUUUCACCCCAGAAGAAAGAUUAAUUGGUGAUGCUGCUAAGAACCAAGCUGCUUUGAACCCAAAGAACACCGUUUUCGAUGCUAAGCGUUUGAUCGGUAGAUCUUUCGACGAAGACUCAGUCCAAAAGGAUAUGAAAACUUGGCCAUUCAAAGUUAUCGACGUUGAUGGUGCUCCAGUCAUCGAAGUUGAAUACUUAGGUGAAAACAAGACUUUCUCUCCACAAGAAAUUUCUUCUAUGGUCUUGACCAAAAUGAAGGAAAUUGCUGAAGCCAAAAUCGGUAAGAAGGUCGAAAAAGCUGUUAUCACUGUUCCAGCUUAUUUCAACGAUGCUCAAAGACAAGCUACCAAGGAUGCUGGUGCCAUUUCUGGUUUGAACGUCUUAAGAAUCAUCAAUGAACCAACUGCAGCUGCUAUUGCUUAUGGUUUAGGUGCUGGUAAAUCUGAAAAGGAAAGACAUGUUUUGAUUUUCGAUUUAGGUGGUGGUACUUUCGAUGUUUCCUUAUUACACAUUGCUGGUGGUGUUUACACUGUUAAAUCUACUUCUGGUAACACCCAUUUAGGUGGUCAAGAUUUCGAUACCAACUUAUUGGAACACUUCAAAACUGAAUUCAAGAAGAAGACUAAAUUAGAUAUCUCUGGUGAUGCUAGAGCUUUAAGAAGAUUAAGAACUGCUGCUGAAAGAGCAAAGAGAACUUUAUCUUCUGUUACUCAAACCACUGUUGAAGUUGACUCCUUAUUCGAAGGUGAAGAUUUCGAAGCUUCUUUAACCAGAGCUAGAUUCGAAGACUUAAACGCUGCUUUAUUCAAAUCUACUUUAGAACCAGUUGAACAAGUCUUAAAGGAUGCUAAGAUUCCAAAGUCUCAAAUUGACGAAGUUGUCUUAGUCGGUGGUUCUACCAGAAUUCCAAAGGUUCAAAAAUUAUUAUCUGAUUUCUUUGAUGGUAAACAAUUAGAAAAAUCUAUUAACCCAGAUGAAGCUGUUGCUUACGGUGCUGCUGUCCAAGGUGCUAUCUUAACUGGUCAAUCUACUUCUGAUGAAACCAAGGACUUAUUAUUAUUAGAUGUUGCUCCAUUAUCCUUAGGUGUUGGUAUGCAGGGUGACAUCUUCGGUAUUGUUGUUCCAAGAAAUACUACCGUUCCAACUAUUAAGAGAAGAACUUUCACCACUGUCGGUGACAACCAAACCUCUGUUCAAUUCCCAGUUUACCAAGGUGAACGUGUUAACUGUAAGGAAAACACUUUAUUAGGUGAAUUCGACUUGAAAAACAUUCCACCAAUGCCAGCUGGUGAACCAGUCUUAGAAGCUAUCUUCGAAGUUGAUGCUAACGGUAUCUUAAAGGUUACUGCUGUUGAAAAAUCCACUGGUAAAUCUGCUAACAUUACUAUUUCUAACGCUGUUGGUAGAUUAUCUUCCGAUGAAAUCGAAAAGAUGGUUAACCAAGCCGAAGAAUUCAAGGCUGCUGAUGAAGCUUUCGCCAAGAGACAUGAAGCCAAGCAAAGAUUGGAAUCUUACGUUGCUUCUAUUGAACAAACCGUUACUGACCCAGUCUUAUCUUCUAAGAUGAAGAGAGGUUCCAAAUCUAAGAUUGAAGCUGCUUUAUCUGAUGCUAUGGCUGCUUUGGAAAUCGAAGAUGCUUCUGCUGAAGAAUAUAGAAAGGCUGAAGUUGGUUUGAAGAGAGUUGUCACUAAGGCUAUGUCUUCCCGUUAA